AUGUACGUCCGCCUCUGCGCUCUGGCUUUCGCAGCCAGCCUGCUCUCGUCGCCAGUUCUCGCCAUCACCGCCGACGAUAUCCCCUCUGACACCCCUGUGUCGUCUCUCCUGACCACCGCGCAAGCCCACCUGUCCAAGGGCCAGACCUCGGAUGCUCUCGUAUACUACGAUGCUGCCGUUGCCCGCGACCCCUCCAACUAUCUAACGCUGUUCAAGCGCGCGACGACCUACCUUUCCCUCGGCCGCACCAACCUGGCAACCGACGACUUUCACAAGGUUCUCUCGCUCAAGCCUGGCUUCGAGGGGGCUCAUGUGCAGCUGGCCAAGAUCAAGUCUAAGGCUGCGGACUGGGACGGUGCGAGAGAGCAGUUCAUACUCGCCAAGAAGGAUACCACUUCGCCCGAGCUCGUCGCCCUCGAUGAGGCCCAGGGUGCUGCUCGUCUUGCUGAGAUGGCAGAGAAGAGCGGCGAUUGGGAGGCUUGCGUGGGGCAUGCGGGCGAGGCCAUCAUGACCGCCAACCGAGCCAUUUCCCUGCGCGAGAUGAGAUCUCGCUGUCGUUUUCAGCGCGGCGAGGUCGAGGAGGGCAUGAGCGACCUGCACCACGUACUGCAGAUGAGACCCGGCGACACGUCGCCGCAUAUCAAGAUCGCCGCCAUCACUUUUUACGGGCUCGGUGAUCUCCAAAAUGGCAUGGCCCAGACGAGAAAAUGCCUGCACUCCGACCCCGACUCCAAGCCCUGUAGGAAGCUCCUGAAGCAACAAAAGGCCUUAGAGAAGACUCUGUCCAGGGUUAGCAAGGCUUUCAACAAGAACCAGCCGAUGACUGGUGUCAAGCUACUGAUUGACUCCGCCGACGAAACUGGUUUGAUCACCGAUAUCAAAAAACAGGUUGAGGACCUCAAGGCCGACGGUGACAUUCCCGCUACUGCCCAGUCAGCCCUGUACAUACAGGUGGCAGAAAUGGCGUGCCAGGGCUACUACGAAAUGAACGGCAAGAAAGCAAAGCAGUAUUGCGAGGACGCUCUCGUCCUGAACCCUCAGUCAUUUUACGGUCUUCUUCACAGGGCCAGGGCCUUGAUGGAAAAGGAAGAGUUCGACGCGGCUAUUAAAUCACUCGAGGAGGCCAGCGGAGUCCGGCCAGACAAGAACGAUGUGGUCCAGCCCCUCAUGCAGAAGGCCCAGAUUGCCCUUAAGAGAAGCAAGACCAAAGACUACUACAAGGUGCUCGGCGUAGCACAUGACGCCGACGAGCGACAGAUCAAGCAGGCCUACCGCAAGCUCUCCAAGAUCCACCAUCCUGACAAGGCCGCCAAGCAGGGUCUGAGCAAGGAGGAGGCCGAGAAGAAGAUGGCGGCUAUUAACGAGGCGUACGAGGUACUUAGCAACCCCGAGCUUCGCGAACGGUUUGACAGAGGCGACGAUCCGAACAACCAGGAGCAGGGCAACCCCUUUCAAGGCAACAACCCCUUUGGCGGCGGUCACCCUUUCAUGUACCAACAGGGGGGGAGUCAACAGUUCCACUUCAAGUUCGGUGGAGGAGGCGGCGGCUUUCCUUUCUAA